CAGAUAAAAACAACACAGUUAAUAUAUAUUUUAUAAAUGAGAUUUGCUGUCUGCUAUGAUAAAUCUUGCUGAUUGGUCUUUAUUCAGUGUAGCACAUUUACGGUAUAUAAACAGGCAAAGGCGCCUUAAAGGUUUAAAGAUACACUUAGUGGCAAAAACUCAGACGAAAGUCUGAGGAUCGAAAAUACUUAUUUAUGUUAUGUUUAGAUUUUGAUUCUUAUCUUUCUUAAUUGCAUCCCCUGGACUUUACCAAUGUACGCAGAAUGGAAUUUCGCAAAAACGUCUCAGCGGGUUCACUUACAGUAUUAGCUAAUCUCGUCUAUAAUGUUAGGCCACGCCCCCUUUCCAUAUACGGACCUUUGAUUUCUCCGCCCAUUAUUCAACUGCAUGAGACGCUGGCAUUCUUAAGACGCUACACCUAAACAUCACUCAGCUAAGAACCCGGGAGUCAAGCAUGGAGACAGCUGAUAAUAGCCAAGAAUCGAGCAAUGAAUCUGACGAGUUUAACGAGAUGCUCUCAGAGGAGGCAUGCAGCCGCCCAGAGUCUCCAUCCUCACGGCCUGCACUGCUUGUGUCCUCCCAAGAACCCAAGGCGUUAGAUGACUUUACGCUCAACUUCCUCAUCAAGAUGGGGAUGCGCAAGACUUUCGACUGCUUCCAGACAGAGUGGUAUGAAAUGAUGCAGAGAGGCUCCAUUACUGGAAAGCAUGUAGGCUUUGUCCCGGAGAUUUAUCUGCAUAACCAGCUGCUGGAUAACGAAAUGCGCCGUCUGAACAAAGUGAUUGAAUGCUACAAAGAAUCGGCUGUGAAGCAAGAGGAGAUCCUGGUGAAGCUGCAAAGGGAGCGCGACAUUCACCGCUUGCAUCACAGACGUGUAGUGCAGGAGAAGAACCGCUUGAUUAGCGACAUGAAAAGGCUGGAAAAGCACUAUGCAUGCUGUGAGCCGGAACCAAAGCAGCGAGUGAGAGCUCUGAACGCUUAAGGCAACGAAGAAGAUUGUCCGAUGACCACACGGCAUAUACGAUUUAUUUAAUCAAUUAAGGGUGAUUGUAAAUAUCCCUGAGACUGGUUUAGACGAUAGGAUGGCAUCACAGGCGCGGGAAAGUAACACUUCGUAAGGAGAAACCUGACAAACCAGGAUAGCCAAAUGUUUUUGUAUAAAAAGUAUAUGUAUAUUUUUAGCACCUGGUGUUACUUGGUCAGUCGUAUAUUUAAUUCGGAAGGAAAGUUACAAACUUUAAUUGCAUUGAACUUUUAGCGAUAUGAAGGAUUUCAGUAUUCGCAAGAGGUCAAUCACUGGUAUAUUCAUAUUUUUCCUUCUGUGUUUAUUCAGUAAAUAAAUAAAUAAUGACAGCAUUGUCCGGUCCUUUCCUGAAAUGCUGACCGUUAUUUUUGUUACGUGCAUUACUCAAUAGAGUCUGAAAUCAGAUCACUCAGCCAGUGGCGUAGCUCGAGUUCGUGCCGCUCGGGGCUUCAAUUUGUCGCCCUCCAACAUAUCUGACUAUGUUAACAUAUUUAAAUAGAGAAUU